AUGGUUCUCUCACACGCCGCCUCGGAGUCGGAUGUCUCCGUCCACUCCACAUUCGCAUCACGUUACGUCCGAACUUCACUUCCUAGGUUUAAGAUGCCGGAAAACUCGAUGCCAAAAGAAGCGGCGUAUCAGAUAAUAAACGACGAGCUGAUGCUUGACGGCAAUCCAAGGCUAAACUUGGCCUCCUUUGUGACAACGUGGAUGGAGCCUGAGUGCGAUAAACUCAUCAUGGCGUCCAUUAACAAGAACUAUGUUGAUAUGGACGAAUACCCCGUCACCACCGAACUCCAGAACCGAUGUGUUAACAUGAUUGCACAUCUAUUCAAUGCACCGUUAGGAGAGACGGAGACAGCCGUCGGAGUAGGGAACAGUUGGAUCAUCGGAGGCCAUAAUGUGUGCUGGGAGAAAUUCGCUAGGUACUUUGAGGUUGAGCUUAAGGAAGUGAAACUACGUGAAGGAUAUUAUGUGAUGGAUCCGGAAAAAGCUGUUGAGAUGGUCGAUGAGAACACUAUAUGUGUUGCAGCCAUUCUUGGUUCUACUCUGAAUGGAGAAUUCGAAGAUGUUAAACUCUUGAAUGAUCUCUUGGUUGAAAAGAACAAAGAAACCGGAUGGGAUACACCGAUCCAUGUUGGAUGCAGCAAGCGGGGGAUUCAUAGCACCGUUUUAUAUCCAGAACUGGAAUGGGACUUUAGAUUGCCGUUGGUGAAGAGUAUAAAUGUGAGUGGUCACAAAUAUGGACUUGUGUACGCAGGAAUUGGUUGGGUGGUUUGGAGAAACAAAGAGGAUUUGCCUGAAGAACUCAUCUUCCAUAUCAACUAUCUUGGUGCUGACCAACCUACUUUCACUCUCAAUUUCUCCAAAGGUUCGAGCCAAAUCAUAGCUCAAUACUACCAACUUAUUCGAUUGGGCCAUGAGGGUUAUAGAAAUGUGAUGGAGAAUUGCAGAGAGAAUAUGAUCGUGCUAAAGGAAGGACUUGAGAAGACAGAAAGGUUUAACAUCGUAUCCAAAGACGAUGGAGUGCCACUUGUUGCUUUCUCCUUGAAAGACAACAGCUCUCACACUGAGUUCGAAGUCUCCGACAUGCUUCGCAGGUAUGGAUGGAUUGUGCCGGCAUACACAAUGCCUGCAAACGCACAACACAUAACUGUACUUCGAGUGGUCAUCAGAGAAGAUUUCUCAAGAACACUCGCAGAGAGACUUGUGAUCGAUAUUGAGAAGGUCAUGUGUGAUCUUGAUGAGCUUCCUUCGCGAGUGAUCCACAAGAUUUCCCUAGGAGAGGAGAAGAGUGAAGCUAACGGUGAUAACUUGAUGGUGACGGUGAAGAAAAGCGAUUUGGAGAGGCAGAGAGAGAUCAUCACUGGCUGGAAGAAGUUUGUCGCCGACAGGAAGAAGACCAGUGGUGUCUGUUGA